AUGUCGUCCGAAGCGACGCCACUGCAGCUGCGCUCGUCGUCUCUGCAGCUCAACCUGCGCAUCUGGAGACGAGAGGAAGCGCAGAAGCGCGACCUCAAGCGCGGCGGCCUCUUCCUCCUCGCGCUCUGCGCCUUCAGUCUCUUUGUCACGUACGCCGUCGGACCUCUCGUGGAGAACAAGAGCCCCAACGCCGACGCCCCCGUCCACGUGACCCACGCAGCCACCAAAGGCGCUGCCGUCAACAGCUCAACUGCAACACCAGCAACAGCACCGACAGUGGCCAACCGGUCGGUCUUUUGCGGCCUCACGACGCAGGACUCGGGCUACGUGCAGCUGCCGGACACUGUCGACGCCCACUACUUCUUCUGGUACUUUGAGUCGCGCCGCGACCCGCGCACCGAUCCGCUCGUGCUGUGGCUCACGGGCGGACCUGGUUGCUCCAGUAUGAUGGCGCUGCUCGCGGAGAACGGGCCGUGCCACGUGCUGCCCGACCUGUCGACGCGGCUGAACCCGUACUCGUGGACGACCGUGAGCAACGUCGUGUGGCUCGACCAGCCCACGGCGGUGGGCUUCACGUACGGCGACGCGCGCGACGGGGACGACAGCGAAGAGCGCGUCGGCGCCAACAUACUGUCCUUCCUCGAGGGCUUCGUGGCCCGCCACCCCGAGCUCGCGGGCCGGCCCCUGUACAUCACGGGCGAGAGCUACGGCGGCCACUACGUCCCCGCGGCGGCGCACUACGUGUGGCAACACCACAAGCGCCGCGCAGCAGACGCGCGCCUCAAUCUGCAGGGGAUCGCCAUCGGCAACGGCAUGACCCACGCAGCGAUUCAGCUGCCGCACUACGUCGAUAUGGCCGAAGCCAACGCGUACGGCAUUCAACUCGUCGACGCCGCGCAGUUGGCCCUCAUGAAAGCCGACGCGCCCGAGUGCGGCGCGCGCUUGGCGCAGUGCCCGCACAACCGCUCGGCGUGUGUCGACGACCUCGCGUUCUGCGCCGACCGACUGCUGGCGCCGCUCUUGACGGCGCAGCGCAACCCGUACGACAUCCGCCGGCCGUGCACGCGCAUGGACGACCCGACGCAGUGCUACGACCUGUCGGCCGUGGCCGCGUACUUGGACGCGCCCAACGUGCGCGCGGCGCUCGGCGUCGACGCAGCGCACGCGGGCGCCUGGCAGGAGUGCAACAUGGCGGUGAACGCGGCGUUCGCCCGCACGGCGGACUUGGCCCGGCCGUUCAACGGCGUCGUGGCGGACCUGCUGGACGACGGCCUGCGCGUGCUCAUCUACGCGGGCGACGCGGACCUGGUGUGCAACUGGUCGGGCAAUGAGGCGUGGACGCUCGCGCUCGACUGGAGCGGCGCAGACGGGUUCAAGGCGGCGCCGGAGACGGUCUACACGACCGCAGACGGCACGCGCGCAGGCGUCUCGCGGUCGUUCCGGAACCAGCUGACGUUCGUGCGCGUGUUCAAUUCGGGUCACAUGGUGCCGCACGAUCAACCGGCAGUGGCGCUCGAUAUGCUGCGCAAGUUCCUGCAGAACGAGACGAUCGGGUAG